CAGUGGAGCUGGCCUCGGCACCGGGAGAGGCUGGACUUCCCGUCUCUCUGUGCUGAAUGGCUGCGAUGGCGCCCGCUCUCACUGACGCAGCAGCUGAAGCUCACCACAUCCGAUUCAAGCUGGCUCCCCCGUCCUCCACCUUGUCGCCUGGCAGUGCCGAGAGCAACGGCAACGCCAACAACAUCCUCCUGGCUGCCAACGGCACCAAAAGGAAAGCCAUUGCUCCGGAGGAUCCCAGUUUAGAUUUCCGAAACAACCCGACGAAGGAAGAGCUGGGCAAGCUGCAGCCGCUAGUGGCCUCUUAUCUCUGCUCGGAUGUAACAUCUGUUUCUUCAAAAGAGCCUCUGAAGCUGCAAGGAGUCUUCAACAAGCAGACAGUCCUUAAAUCUCACUCUCUCUUAUCUCAGUCCUUCUUGAAAACAAGUGAUCUGUUGGGGAGGCAGCCGGUGUUGGAAUUCACUUUGGAGAAUCUCAAAACAAUGAGUACUAAUAGCCAGCCACCUCUCCCGCAAGCGCCUGUAAAUGGCUUGGCCAAGAAAUUGGCCAAAAGUACCAAUUCAGACCAUGAAAACUCGAGUUCUCUGAACGGUGGGAAGUGUGCUCCUCCUGCUGCUGCCCUCCAGGGUGUUGACUAUAACGCAGGAGGUUCUGAAUUGGGGGACUUGAAGACCGGGUUGACCAAUUGCACUCUUCCACACAGAAGCCUUGAUGCAGAGCACGCAACUCCCUUUAGCAAUAAUAGCACUGCAAACAAAUCUUCCCUUAAUUCCACAGAGCAACAGCGGGUGCUGGAGGGUGGCAGUGGAGAGACCAGGCUGCCCGGUGUUGCUGGGCACUCCGACUUCGGGAGCAGUAAGUUGGAGGAGCAGAAGCCUUCUCUGUUGGCCGGUCAGCACAGCGCUCUCGACUCGGAGAUGAGGACGAGGGCGUUGCUGCGACGGCAGGCGGACAUCGAGAGCCGUGCCCGCAGGCUGCAGAAACGCUUGCAGGUGGUGCAGGCGAAGCAGGUGGAGAGACACAUCCAGCAACAGUUGGGUGGCUUCUUGGAGAAAACUCUGAGCAAGCUUCCGACUUUGGACCCCCUGAGGCAUCGAAGCCAGCUGAUGUUGACCAGAAAAGCAGAAGCAGCCUUGAGGAAAGCUGCGAGUGAGACAGUGACUUCAGAAGGCCUGAGCAGCUUCUUGAAGAGCGAUUCGAUAUCGGAGGAACUGGAGCGAUUCACGGCCAGCGGUAUGGCCAACUUGAGAUCCAGCGAGCAGGCGUUUGACUCGGAUGUCACUGACAGCAGCUCGGGAGGAGAGUCGGACGUUGAAGAGGAGGAACUGACCAAAGCAGACCCAGAACAGCCCCACGUACCGCUGUGA